AUGGAACCUCCUGCUGGGCGGCAAAUCAUACUCAAUGCAUUUGACAUGUUCACUCCGAGCCACCUCUGCUUCGGCCAGUGGCGCAGGGGCGAAGAUGAAGUUGCCGACAAGUUUGGAAGUCUUAGUUACUGGACCAAUCUCGCGCAGACACUUGAGCGGGGAGACAUACACGCAUUGAUUCUGGCUGAUACUUAUGGUCAACACGAUGUUUACAAUGGAAGCGCUGAACCAACGAUACGGACGAGUUGUCAGUUCCCAAUGGGCGACCCCAUUAUCCCAGUGACGGCGAUGGCAGCUGUAACGCAGAAACUUGGGUUCAUUGUAACAACCAGUACAAGUUACGAGGCACCAUUCGUCGUUGCAAAGAGGUUCUCGACACUCGACCAUCUUACCAAAGGGCGUUUUGGCUGGAACAUCGUCACUUCUUUCAAGGAAUCUGCUGCUAAGGCCGUGGGGGUCUCAUAUGUCGAACAUGAUGAGAGAUAUGCCGCUGCUGAUGAAUACUUGGAGUUGCUCUACAAAAUAUGGGAAGGCUCGUGGGCAGACGAUGCUCUCAAGAAAGAUGCAACGAACAACAUCUACGCCAAUCCCAGUCGGAUCCGUUGGAUAAAGCAUCAUACGGCGAGGUUCAAUGUAGAUGCUCCUCACAUCCUGCAUCCUUCACCUCAAAGGACUCCAUUUCUGCUUCAAGCAGGGACAUCAUCCGCUGGUAUAGCUUUCGCUGCCAAACACGCAGAGGGGAUCAUGAUAUCGGGGCUUUCACCUCACAUCUUGGCGCCUCGCGUAUCAGCCAUUCGUCAACAAGCAGCGGAAGCUGGCCGUGACCCUGGUAGUGUCAAGAUUUUCGCCGUCAUUACACCAGUCAUUGCGAGAACAGACGAAGAGGCCACUGCAAAAUACCGUAAAGCCUUGGAAUUUGCGAGCUUCGAAGCUGGGCUUGCAUUCUUCUCAGGUAAUGCUGGGAUAGACCUCGCCAAAUACGAUCUAGACGCAGAAAUAAGACCAGAUGAUGCUACCAUUGAUGGACGAGUACACUCUUUGGUCAGCAGUCUGAAAUACCGUGGCGAUGACAUUCCAGCUUGGACGCCUCGUAAUAUCGGAAAAGCCAUGGCCAUCGGCGGGAACGGGCCUGUGCCAGUAGGAUCGGCAGCUCGUGUUGCAGAUUUCCUCGAGGACUGGGUGAAGAUUGCAGAUUUAGAUGGGUUCAACGUUGGAUAUGUCACAAGCCCUGGGAGUUUCGAAGAUGUGGUAGACUUGCUAGUGCCUGAGCUUCGCCGAAGAGGGCUAUACGGGUACGACGGACUAUCGGGAGAUGAAAUCACUUUGCGUGAGAGGAUGUAUGGUGCUGGCCAGAAACAUCUCCGCAACGACCACAUUGGAGGUCAAUACAAAUACAAGUAG